AUGUGGCUCAAUACCACUGAUUCCCCCUUCCUGCUUACUGGCUUCCCAGGCAUGGAGAAGACACAUCCCUGGAUCUCCAUUCCUUUAUUGGUGGUCUACGUCUCCAUACUUCUUGGCAAUGGCACCCUUCUCUUUCUCAUUAGGGAUGACCAUAACCUCCAUGAGCCCAUGUAUUAUUUCUUAGCUAUGUUGGCAGCUACAGACCUUGGAGUGACAUUGACCACAAUGCCCACAGUGUUAGGAGUGUUAUGGUUAAAUCACAGAGAGAUUGGCCAUGGGGCCUGCUUCUCUCAGGCCUACUUUAUCCAUACUCUUUCUAUCGUGGAGUCAGGUGUCUUGCUUGCCAUGGCCUAUGACCGUUUCAUUGCCAUCUGCACCCCAUUAAGAUAUACUUCCAUCCUUACCAACACCCAGGUAAUAAAGAUUGGAGUGGGGGUAUUGACAAGAGCUGGUCUGUCAAUUAUGCCAAUAAUUAUUCGCCUGCACUGGGUUCCCUAUUGUCGAUCCCAUAUACUCUCUCAUGCUUUCUGUCUGCACCAAGAUGUCAUCAAGUUAGCCUGUACUGACAUCACCUUCAAUCGUCUCUAUCCAGUUGUGGUUGUAUUUGCAAUGGUCCUUUUGGACUUUCUCAUUAUUUUUUUCUCCUACAUUGUGAUUCUCAAGACUGUCACUGGCAUUGCUUCUGGGGAAGAAAGGGCCAAGGCUCUCAACACUUGUGUCUCCCACAUCUGCUGUAUCCUGGUCUUCUAUGUCACAGUAGUCGGCCUGACAUUUAUUCAUAGGUUUGGAAAGCAUGUUCCUCAUGUGGUUCACAUCACAAUGAGUUACAUCUACUUUCUUUUCCCCCCUUUUAUGAACCCUGUCAUCUAUAGCAUUAAAACUAAACAGAUCCGACAUAGUGUACUUCGUUUAUUUUCUCUGCCUCACAGUAGAGCCUGA